UCUUAGCUGCGCUCGGGAGCUGCCGCAGGAGGAGGAGGAGGAAAGAGGGGGGGACCCCGCCGCAGCCAUGGAGGAGCUGCCGCCGCUGCUGCUGCCGCCCUGGCUCCCACCCUCCUAACCAGCGGAUUCCUAAAACGGAAGGAUGGAAGAGCGUUUACCGGAAAUGCAGCGCAUAUUGGAGCCAGUCAGCCUUUCAAAGGAAGACAAUACACCUUCCGGCUCAUCAAGUAAUGAGAGCACAAGCAAGACGUCUGAAGUGAAGGACUGCUCAGAUGUUGGUUAUACUGGAGAUGAGGAUUCCAGCUUGGAAAGGGAACCUAAAUCGUUGGCAUCAAACUACAAUGUAACAGUUACUGACAUAAGAGGGGAUGGAGCCAUAACUGAAGCACAGGAGCUGCCGCUUUCACCUGAUUGUAGUGAAGGCGGGGACUGCUGUGCUAAUACAUGUUCUGAAAGACAAGUGGAAGACUCUGUGAAUGCAGAACAUUUGCCUGGUGAAGAUUUUGAACAACAGGUUUCAAGAAGUAAUGGCACAGAACAAUCCCUAAUGGAAAUACUGCAGGAGCUAAGGGAGGAGUCUGACUUCACGAAAAAAUCUAGCAAUAGAAUCUAUUCAGAAAGCCCUUAUGACACAGACUGCACCAAGAAACUUAUUUCCACAAUACAACAAUCAUCAACACAGGAGGCUUUGCUAGAAGAAAUAGAAUCUGAACUAUUAUCUACAGAUUUUACGAAAGAGCGUAAGCUCCCAAAUGGAAUGAGGAAGGGUGAACACGCCUUGGCAACAUUUGAAAAAUGUGUGCAAGAUAAAUACCUCCAACAGGAGCAAACUAUAAAGAAAUUGAUUAAAGAAAACAAAAAGCAUCAGGAACUGAUUUUGGAUAUUUGUUCAGAAAAGGACAGGUUAAAAGAUGAAUUGAAAAAACGAACAGAAACAGAAAAGCAGCAUCUCAACAUUAUUAAACAGUUAGAAUCAAGAAUAGAAGAGCUUAAAAAAGAAGUUAAAACUGCUAAAGACAAACUUGUAACACAAGAUGCUGCAGUCAAAAAUACUAUUCAGCAAUUGCAUAAAGAGAUGGCAUUUCGUAUGGACCAGGCAAACAAAAAAUGUGAAGAGGCACGCCAAGAAAAGGAAACUAUGGUGAUGAAGUAUGUUCGAGGAGAAAAAGAGUCUCUAGAUCUCCGAAAGGAAAAGGAGUUACUGGAGAGAAGACUAAGAGAUGCAAAUAAAGAAAUUGAAAAGCACGUGAAUAAAAUCAAGCAACUUUCUCAGGAAAAAGGAAGAUUGCACCAGCUCUAUGAAACCAAGGAAGGUGAAGCCACUAGAUUCAACCGAGAAAUAGAAAAAUUAAAAGAAGAAAUCAGUUCUCAUACCAUCAAAGUAAAAUGGGCCCAAAACAAAUUGAAAACUGAAAUGGAUUCACACAAGGAAACCAAAGAUCGACUCAAAGAUGCAACCACAAAGUUAACUCAAGCAAAAGAGGAGGGAGACCAAAUACGGAAAAACUGCCAAGAAAUGAUAAAAACAUAUCAAGUAGGCAUACUUUCUCAUGAGGAGUCAGAAGAAAUUAAAUCAAAUGAAUUGGAUGCAAAGCUCCGAGUAACAAAGGGAGAACUAGAAAAACAAAUGCAGGAAAAGUCUGAGCAGCUGGAGGUACACUAUGCCAAAAUAAAAGAACUUGAGGACCUGAAGAGAACAUUUAAAGAGGGUAUGGAUGAGCUGCGCACACUAAGAACAAAGGUAAAGUGUCUGGAGGAUGAACGGUUGAGAACAGAAGAUGAAUUAUCAAAGUACAAAGAAAUUAUUAAUCGGCAGAAGGCCGAGAUUCAGAAUUUACUGGAUAGAGUGAAAAUUGUAGAUAAGCUGCAGGAGCAACAUCAAAGAGAUGAACAAGAAAUCGACACCUUGAAGGAAGAACUGGACAGUCUGAACUCUCUGAUUACUGAUCUCCAAAAGGACAUUGAAGGCAGUCGGAAAAGAGAAUCUGAGCUGCUUGUAUUCACUGAAAAACUAACUAGUAAGAAUGCACAGCUGCAGUCUGAAACCAACUUCUUACAGUCCCAGCUCGAUAAGCUUACCUACAAUGAAAGAGAGUUACAGAGUCAGCUGGAACAUGUGAGACAGACUAAAGAUGAUCUGGCAAACAAACUGCAAAAGGAGGAAGAGCUACGCAAACAUGAAGUCCAGACCCUGCAGACAGAGUUGGCUUCUCAACAGAAAGUACAAACAGCACUGAACACCCAAGUAGAUGAAUUAAAAGACGAGUUAGUUACUCAAAAGCGUAAACAUGUGGCAAAUCUUAAAGACCUCACCAAGCAACUUCAGCAAGCACGAAGGAAAUUGGAUCAUAUUGAAAAUGGCGGCUGUGAUAAAGAAGUUAGCAGUAUGGGGAGUCGUUCCAGCUCAUCAGGGUCCCUUAACGCUCGAAGCAGCAACGAAGAUCGCUCGCCUGAGAAUACUGGAUCUUCAGGAGCUGUGGAUAGCUUCCCAGAAGUGGACAAGGCUGUCCUGAUUGAGAGAAUAGUAAGACUACAGAAGGCUCAUGCUCGGAAAAAUGAAAAGAUGGAAUUCAUGGAAGAUCACAUUAAGCAACUGGUGGAGGAAAUCAGGAAAAAAACCAAAAUUAUUCAGAGUUACGUUUUGCGGGAAGAAGCUGGCACGCUGUCCUCAGAAGCCUCGGACUUUAACAAAGUCCAUUUGAGCAGGCGCGGUGGCAUCAUGGCAUCCCUGUAUACAUCGCAUCCUGCAGACAGUGGGCUCACGUUAGAACUCUCUCUGGAGAUAAAUAGAAAGCUACAGGCUGUGCUAGAGGAUACUUUAUUAAAAAAUAUUACACUGAAAGAAAACCUGCAGACACUAGGAACAGAAAUAGAACGGCUUAUUAAGCACCAGCAUGAAUUGGAACAGAGGAUGAAGAAAGUGUAAAACUAUGGAACAGUCAGAACAAAGAAACAGGUGCUGCAGACUGUCAUUUUGAAGUUUCUCCUGUAAACUGAGUGUCAACCAAUGGCAGAGCCUAAUCCUGCAAACCUUUAACCACACCAAUUGUCCUUCCGGACAUGAGAGGCUCUGUAGGAUCAAGUGUGAAGUUUGUUUUGCCUCAGCCAUUGAUGAACUUUACUAUAGGCUACAUUCUUAGAACUCUUCUCUGAAAUUAAGGCAUCCAGAGGCUUUGCAGUGUGCACUGCAUGUAGAGUCCAUUUCAGUGAGAUUUUAAUUUCUGCACUGUGCAAUUAAGCAGCCUGCUAAUGAUAAAGCUUGUGGGGGGGGGGAACCAAAUUGAUUUGCUGUGGAACAUAUCAAGUGAUAUUGAGCUUCCAGGGCUUUCAGAAUCUUCUUCCCUACUCUAUAAGUGUUUGAUAUAUUAAAGUUGAUCAAGCAAUUAACAUAUGCAUGGGAAAGGGGCUUUAUAAUUAACUUUUGUAAAAAUAAUUAAGGACAUGAUGCAUAUUUUACCAUUGGACAAAAGCUUAAUGGCUUCCCUGGAAACGUAAUCUGAAUUGAC